AUGAACUCCUUGAUUGUGUUUGGUAUUUUUCUUAUUAACUAUUGUAAUGCUGGGUUGUUAACUAUUGUCAAUCAGUGUGUGUUCCCGGUUGUCGUAGUUAAAACUGUUCCCGGAGGUACUCAAACAGCUCAAUGCACGUUGGCUGCAGGAGGUGAAUGUACACAAACUUUUACUGAUGGAGCUAUGAACUUUCGAAACGGUUUUGGGCCUGGUAAUUUUAUAGUAUCUCGUUAUAAAAACUAACAAAAUAUACUGGACAAUGCUAACCAUACCAACUCUAUAUGAUAAUUAGAUGGAAAAAUCAUACUUACCUUAAGAUUAAGAAAAGGCUUUAAAUUUUACAGCUUUUUGCAAACCUUGUCAUUUUAGGACACACUAUUGCUGAAUUUUCGUUUGGCUCAACAAAUCCAGACGGAAACGAUAACUAUGCACUGAACGUUAUUGAAGGUUUUGACAUUGCUAUGCAAAUUAUCCCACAAGAUGGAUGUCAUGUAGCUGAAUGUGAUAAUGCGUAAGGUUUUACUUUUAAUCGUAUUGGCCCCAUUGUCUGAAAGAGCUUACGUGGAGUUUCUAUAUAUCUCCAUAUUUUAUAUUGUAAGUUAAAUAAAGUAAUCCGUUGUUCCUCCGCGUUAGGCAUAUCAUAAAACAUAAUUUUGUCAAUUUUGUGAACUUAUUCUGUUUUUCCCACGUCUUCUUCUAUCCAUCUAACGUUUUGAACAUUCAAUUCUACUAAAUAACAAAAUUAUAAAAUUAAAAUAAUAAAAGCAACAAAAUUUUAGCGCCUGCCCAGACGCCUACCACAGUUCCGCCGACAACCAUACUUAUGGUGUUCCUGACGGAACUCCAUUCAUUCUUAACCUGUGUAACUUUGACGCCGUUACCGGGUUAGAUAAUUGCGCUCAAAAAACGACUACUACUGCUGGACCUGUGUCGACUAGUUUAACUAUCAAUAACAAGUGCAAUGAACCGGUAACUGUUGUCAAAACGGUCAUUGGUGGUACACAAACUACCCAAUGUCAGCUUGCUGUUGAUGCCUCUUGCACUCAAUCUUACACUACUGGCGUUAUGAACUUUAGAGAUGGCUAUGGACAUGGUAAAAAAUUUCGACAAAUAUUUAUUAGUUUUCAAUUUUUUUUAUUUUUGCUAUAUUACAAUAGCCAUGUAAAUGUAUCGCUUUCUAUAAAAAAACGGCCUAAUGUAUAAUAUGAAAUAAUGCCUAAUAUAUCUACAGGACAUACUAUUGCUGAGUUUUCGUUUGGUAACUCAAACGGUAACACCAACUAUGCUUUGAACGUAAUUGAAGGAUACGAUAUUGCUAUGCAAAUUAUCCCAGAAGAUGGUGGACAUGUUGCUGAGUGUGGUAGUUCGUAAGUGAAAAACUGAAAAUAUAUAACAAACAAUUAACGUAAUGAGUUAGUUCAACCAAUCAGAAAAUGUUUUUCAAGAACGGUCAUUGUUUACAAGAAAUUCUGUAUACGUAUUUUACCAAACAUCCAUUCAGAGAUUGUACAGACGCCUAUCACAGUUCAACUGACAAUCGCACUUAUGGCGUCCCUGCAGGAAACCCUAUGGUUUUAAAUUUGUGUGAGUUCGAAGUGAUUACAACUACGACAGCUGCCCCUACAACUACUGCUACACCCACUACUAACCUGACUAUCACUAACGAAUGUACUCAAGCUGUUACCGUAGUAAAGACUGUAUCAGGUGGCACACAAACUGUUCAGUGUCAGCUAGCUGCUGGAGCGUCCUGUAGCCAGACAUACACAACUGGUGUUAUGAACUUCCGCAAUGGUUACGGCAAUGGUAAUACUUUUUGCCAAUGACUUUAAGCUUUCAAAACCAAGUCUUGAAAUUUUUGAAAAAAUGUGUUAUUUUUAGGCCAUACAAUUGCUGAAUUUUCCUUUGGCAAUUCAAACGGUAACAGCAACUAUGACUUGAAUGUGAUCGAAGGCUAUGACAUUGCUAUGCAAAUUGUUUCAGGAAAUGGUGGACAUACUGCUGAAUGUAACUCUGCGUAUGUUCAUUUUGAGAAAACUUGUAACUCAGCCUAGUCGCUAAUUUGAUAUGAUAAAACUUUAAGUUUAAUACUAUGUACAGCAUCCGCUUACACAAAGUUUGUACCAUGUAUAUAAAAAACUCACCAGAAAACUGUACCUAAUGUUUGAAACACUUCAGAAGCUGCACUGAUGCCUAUCACAGCUCAUCAGACAACAAAACUUACGGUGUCCCAACUGGAAAUCCACUCACAUUGAACUUGUGUUACCUUGGCUCAUAA